CAUGGCAGGCGCGCUACGUCCGUAAGUUAAGGUUGCGCGAGGCUGUUGCAAGGAAAGCGAGCUUGGACGCGUUUUCCUCUUCUCAUUUCCGGAUUUUGAGUGGCCCGUGUGGAGAAAAAGAUGAGAAACCUAAAAUUAUUGAGAGCUCAAGAAUGCCAUCCAGACCGAGCUCUUGGAACUCCUCAAGGUUUCACUAUCCGCGCAGACAGAGGAACAGUGUUGAUCAGCACCGAGUAUGGAAUUGUGGAACUGGAUCCUGUUACACAGGAGGUCAUCAACAAAGUUACUUUGACAACUGAGGGUUUUCUACCAGAAGAUGGAAGCGGGUGUAUUGUGGGCCUGGAAGAUUUGCCAGAUAUAGAAUCGGUCUGUUUGGCUACAGCAAUUGGUGAUGUUAUACUGUGCAAUCUAAACACUCACCAGCUGGAAUGUGUUGGCAGUGUGGACAGUGGCCUGUCCUCAAUGAAGUGGAGUCCUGACCAAGAACUUGUUCUUCUUGCUACAGGUGAGCAGACUCUGAUUUUGAUGACAAGAGACUUUGAACCAAUUGCGGAAAGACAGAUUCACCAGGAUGAUUUUGGAGAAGGCAAAUUUAUUACUGUUGGAUGGGGUAAAAAAGAAACACAGUUUCAUGGAUCGGAGGGCAAGCAAGCUGCUCAUAGCAAGCCAAAGGAAAUAUUGCCUGCUUUACCAUGGGAUGACCAUAAACCUCGGAUCAGUUGGAGAGGAGAUGGACAAUAUGUAGCAGUGAGUGACAUUUGCCCAGGAACAGGAGCUCGAAAAGUGAGAGUGUGGAGCCGGGAGCUUAUUCUACAAAGUACCAGUGAGUCUGUCCCAGGACUAGGACAAGCACUGGCCUGGAAGCCCUCAGGAAGCUUGAUUGCUUCUACACAGGAUAAAGUAAACAAACAUGACAUUGUGUUCAUAGAACAAAAUGGGCUCCUUCAUGGUGAAUUCACUCUUCCUUUCCAAAAAGGCCAAGUGAAGGUAAAUGAGCUGCUCUGGAAUUCUGACUCUACAAUAUUGGCUGCCUGGGUGGAAGCACUGGAAAGCGACAGUAGUUGUCAAAGAAAGAUGUAUGUCCAGCUGUGGACAACAGGAAACCAUCACUGGUACCUGAAACAAAGCCUGCAUUUUGGCAGCCUGGAGGGCAGCCCACUUCUUGUAUCCCUGGUGUGGGAUCAGGAGAUUCCCUAUCGACUUCAUGUCCUCUGUGAACAGUGGAUUUAUCUUCGCUAUGAUUGGCAGUGGAGUAUUGAUCACAGCACUAGUGGAGGGGCCAAUGACUCAGCUAGUGUAGCAGUCAUUGAUGGAGGAGCUGAAAAACCAGUUGCUAUCCCCUGGAUGAAAAAUAAUGGUUCCUCUGUUCGGUUUCCAUCCCCCUGUAUGCAGACGAAACUAGCUGUAAUUGACGGGGAAGAAACCAUAUUUGGCUUGACUGACAGAUGCCGUUUUUUUAUUAAUGAUACUGAGGUUUCUUCAAAUAUUACAUCCUUUUCCAUCAGUGAUGAAUUUCUCUUAUUGACUACACAUUCCCAUACUUGUCAGUGCCUGCCUGUAAGGAACACAUCCCUGAAAGCUUUGCAAACAGGUCUGGGCAGCACUUCUCUCCCCAAAAGUGAAACUCUGCGCAAGAUUGAAAGAGGAGCCCGGAUAGUCACAGUUGUGCCACAACACACAAAGCUGAUAUUGCAGGUGCCAAGAGGAAACUUGGAAGCUAUUCAUCAUCGAGCCCUUGUUCUAGCUCAGGUUCGGAAAUGGCUGGAUAGCCUCCAAUUUAAAGAAGCAUUUGAAUGUAUGAGGAAGCUACGAGUCAAUCUCAACUUGCUCUAUGACCACAAUCCAAAGGUUUUCUUAAAUCACGUGGAAAGAUUUAUAAAACAAAUUGAUUCUGUAAAUUAUAUCAACCUGUUCCUCACAGAACUGAAAGAAGAAGAUUUCACAAAAACAAUGUACCCCCCUCUGGAUCUCACCAGUGUCAAUGAAUUGCACUCUUCCAAUAAUAAAAAGAUUAAUAUCAUCUGUGAUGCCAUGAGACAAGCAAUGGAGAACAUCAGUGCUACUAAGUACUACUUAGCCAUACUGACUUCUCAUGUCAAAAAGAGUCCUCCAGAACUGGAAACGGCCCUGCAGAGAAUUCGUCAGCUUCAAGGACAGACUUCAGAAACAGUUGGAUCUGUCAGAGUGGAAGAAGCAUUGAAAUACCUCCUGUAUCUGGUGGAUGUCAGCGAAUUGUAUGAUUAUUCAUUGGGGACAUAUGACUUUGAUUUAGUCAUCAUGGUUGCCGAGAAGUCUCAGAAGGAUCCUAAGGAAUAUCUUCCAUUUUUAAACAAACUUAAGAAAAUGGAAAUCAAUUAUCAGCGAUAUUCAAUAGACAAAUAUUUGAAGAGAUUUCCAAAGGCUCUCUACCACCUUAGUAAAUGUGGCUCAGAACAUUUUCCAGAGUUCCUAAAUUUGGUGGUUGAUCAGAAUUUGUAUAAUGAAGCCCUCAAGCUCUGUUUGCCAGGCACACAAGAAUAUAAGACUAUCAGUUAUGCCUACGGAGAAUAUUUAAUCCAGAAGCAUCUUGCUGGACAAGCUGGGCUGAUCUUCUUCCGAUGUGGUGCCUUUGAGAAAGCUCUGGAUGCUUUUCUGAUUAGUGGCAACUGGCAGCAGGCUCUCUGCGCAGCUGCUGAGCUUUGUUACACUGAAGAGAAGUUGGCCAGCCUGGCAAGGAGCAUGGCAGGAAGACUUUCUGAAAAAAGAAAAUAUGUCGAUGCAGCAGUUCUUCUGGAACAAUAUGCCAAGGACUAUGAAGAAGCCAUCCUGCUUCUUUUAGAAGGAACUGCCUGGGAUGAAGCAUUGAGAAUAAUUUACAAAUAUAAUAGGACCGAUAUUCUAGAGACCAACUUCAGGCCAUCUCUGAUGGAAGCUCAAAAAAAUCAUUUGGUGUUCUUGGAAACACAGAAAGCAGAAUUUUCUCACCAUCGUAAGCGCCUAUCUAUAAUUCGAGAGCUUAAGCAGCAAGCCCAAAAUGAACUACUAGAUCAUGAAGCAUCGAAUUGUCCUGAAUCGGAUCUCUUUUCUGAUACCAGCAGUUUGGUGACAGCCAGUGACACAAGUUCCAAAUAUACUCACAGUAAUUCAAGAAUAUCUGCACGUUCCUCAAAGAACCGCCGCAAGGCAGAACGCAAGAAACACAGCCUGAAGGAAGGAAGUCCCUUAGAAGACGUUGCACUUCUGGAGGUUUUAGGGGAAAUAGUUCGAAGUAUUGACAACUUGAAAGGUGAGAUACACAGCCUUUUAAGGCACCUAGUCCUGUAUAGCUAUGAUGAACAAGCCCAGGAAUUGCAACAGGCCUUUGAGGAUACCCUUCACUUGGUGGAGAGCUCCCUGCUUGAAAUCUGGAGCCCAGACUUGCAGCAUACCCCAGCCAACUCAAUCCUGGGUCCCAAUUCAACUGCUAAUAGCAUAAGUGCUGCCUAUACUCAACAGAAAGUGAUGGCUCCUAUAAUACAAGAUCCAGAGAUCUUUAUUGCCCCCAAACUCAACAAAAACACUCAAUGGAAGCUUGCUCUGCUCCAAUAAACUCAGUUCCACAACUAUUGUCAGGAUGAAGAUCUCUGUACAGGUAGUCCUCGCUUGCCAACAAUUGGGACUAGGAACUCCAUCACUAAGCAAUGCAGUCACAGGGCAUGAUGUCAUGGGAUCAUGCCAACUUAGUGACAGCAGUUCUAGUACUCCCGGUCACCAUCAUUAGACAAAUCCUGCAGUCACAGCAGCCCAUGGUCAUGUGAUCGCCGUUUAUAACAACUGUUUCCUCAUUGACUUUGCCUAUCAGAAGCUGGUGGCAAAUGUCGCAAAUGGUGAUCAUCCUUCAGUGUCUUAACUGCAAGUUGGUUGCUAAACCUCCAAAUUGUAAUCACCACAAGGAUGCUGUGAUGGCCAUAACCAUGAGGACCAAUCAUAAGUCCUUGUUCAGCACCGCUGAACAAGUGGUUAGUGAGUGAAGGCUACCUGCACUGAAGUACUGUUUCUCAUCAUGUAUCCUUAAAUGAAGGAUGAAUUGGCUCACAAAACAAUGUAAUUUCACCUUGUCCCAGUAAUGUCUGAUCAUGGGCUUCCUUCCACUUUUUUCUCCCAACAUUGCCUUUAAUUGCCAGAUAGCAACUCGUCAGCUUCUACUAUUGUAAAUUGUUUUUAAUAUGUUGCUUUGAACUCUUCAAACUCUUUUUAUUGCAGUUUGAUAUCUGAAAUGUUCUUGGAAAUUUUAAAGCAGGGCUACCAGUAGCACUUUAAUUUUUUAGGGAUUUUUUUUUUUAAGAUACACCACUCAGUAACACUGAGCAAGAUCUUUAUUAAUAUAUUAAGCCCUGUUUUGACAAAUUGAAUAUUGAUGGAACAUUCUUUUUCUGACAACAAAGGAGAAAGAAGAGAGGAGGGAUUAAUACAGUUUUAUUGUAACUUUUUUCUUUGAAUCUCUCACCUUUGAUUUUCUACAUGAUGAAACACCGAGUGUGAAAGUUUCCAGGGACUGAAUCAGAUACAUCAACAGAUAUGUUUGUGUGUGAAUGUUGACCAAUGCCUGUUUAGAUUUUUA